GGAAGGGCAGCGACAUAAACGGGGGAUACUCUAACCGCCGCUGGAUCUGUUGCGGCCAUGGUGGAGAGCGGCGCCGUACGCCGGCAAAAGUUCUUCAAAAUCCUCCUGCCGGGCUCCUUCGAGUCCAGCCUGUCUCUGCCGCCCAAGUUCGCGGCGCGCCUGGACCGGCCGCCGGUGCUCGCCGUCGCCACGCUGCGCGACCCCACGGGCAGGUCGUGGCACGUGGGCCUCGUCCGGCACGGCGCCGCGGGCCUGCGCUUCGACGGGAAGGGGUGGCGCAGCUUCGUCGCCGGCUGCGGCCUCUCCGCCGGCCAGCUCCUCGUCUUCGACCACCUCGACGACCUCGACUUCGCCGUCGAGCCAUUCGACACGUCCGGCUGCAACACCUCCUUCUUCGACGGCGAGCGUGGCGGCACAGUGAACAUCGACGACGACGACGCUGCCGCCGACGUGGAGGAGUCCGGCAGCGACAACCACCACCACGACGGGUCCCCCUCCCGGUCGCCACUGCCGACGGCCGGGACAAAGAGGAAGAGGCUCUCGCCGUCCACCACGUCGCCCGCCGGCUCCUCCGGACCUUCCUCGUCGGACGAUGGGGCGCUCCGGCUGGGCAUCGAGCAGCCGUUCCAUCUCCAGUACAUGGAGCUGACCAAGGCCUUCUGUGCCCGCGUGGGAUGGGCCGAGUCGUGCACCGCCGAGCUGACCGUGGCCGGCCGCGGCGACCGGCGAUGGGAGGUGUCCGUGAGGGUCGGCAGCAAGGGCGGCAUGAUCAUGGCCGGGUGGGAGGGCUUCGCGUGGGACAACGGCCUCAGGAUCUCCGACGUCUGCCUCUUCAGGCCGGCUAACCCCGGCGAUCAGGUGGUGCAGGUGCAAGUGCUCAGGGACUCGUCGUCGUCCUGAGCAAUCAAUCGCCGGCGAGCUUUAUCAAUUCGUGAUAGAAAAAGAUGCAAUGUGUUGGGUUUGUGGAAUUGGAUUUUGGAUCAACUCUUCUGAUUUCGCUCGCCCUUAUGGAUCCACUAGGAACUGAUAUUGAAUAUUUCGCGAUCAUUGUAUGUUU